CGCAACUUCGAUCGCAUUACCCACAGCCAUCCUGUGGUGUUUGCGCGACUUUCACUCUCACGAUGAACAGGCAACCGUGAAACGCAUCUAGGCAUAUGCAGCAUUCCAUGUUCUCCGCACCUUCCCACGUACGCACCCACCUCGCACCGUCACUUUAUUGUCCGCAACGCUCAAGCUUCUACGAUCCUUGAAUCACCGUCGCCCUCUGCAUGAUUUGUAGCUUGGGGUAUGGCUUCACCACCUAGCGAAGAAGCGGCAGCCACGUCUGCGCCGAUAAUUACCGUAACCGACGCGCAAGGCUCGAGCGAUGUGAAGGCGGAGGAAACAGCAGUAGUGCUAGACGCACAAAGUGAAGAGGAGAAUGUGCCCUUAGACGCUGAUGAAGAAACACGGCUAAAGUUUCUUACAACGGGGACUCGAGCGCAAGAUGACCUCGAACGCGAUAUUGGCCGCCAGGCAGACCAGCUGCUCACCGAACAGGCUGAUGCUCGCGACAAGAAGCGCAUAGAGAAGGCAGAAGCAGAAGCAAAACGUGCUGAAUCUGCAAUCCAGAAGCUGCGAAACCGACUUUCGCUGCCUGCGGUGGACACACACAAGGCUAAGCUGAGGGGAGAGAUUGCAGCAUACCAGCUGAAGAUCGAAGAUCUCGACAAGGAGAUGGACGCAAUACAACAGCGCAUUAACGAGCGACAUAGUGCGCCUGGCGAGGAAGAGCCUACAUACGAUGGCGCCAACGGCCCCCUACCGAACGAAAGCCGGCGCGACUUCCUGAUCCGCACGGGAAAGAUCACACCCUUCUCGAGAUUGGCACAGAACCAAGCUGGGUCAGGGACACUGGGAGAGACUAUGCUUGAUGCUGAGAUGGAGGACAUGGUGGAGGAUACUACUACAGGUCCAACCUCACAUCGAAACUUGAUGAAGCCAGGCUUCCAAGACGUCGACACUAGCUCAGAGGCCCCAAGUCCGCAGUCCACAACACGCGCGCGAAAAUGGCGGAAGGUGACACCUUCGAGCGAUAUGGUGGGUUCACGGGCGCCCAGCGCUGACCCAGGUACGACCGAUGGGGACAGUGAUGACGCCUUUGAUCCUGGCAUGUCUGCACGGCAGCUUGCUACUUUGGACGACUCUGAAGAGGACUCAGACGCAGCUGUUGACAAUGACGACGACGACGACGACGACGACUUUGCUGCGGGCUCUGGUCGCAAACGCAAAGCUAGGGGGAAGAAGGUGAAGAAGACAAAAGUUGCGUCUGAAGCAGAGGCAGAGGAGGACCUUACUGGAGUGGAUGAUGGGAAUGAAAAGGUGUAUCGGCAACGCGUGGGCAAAUGGUCGAAAAGCCGUGCUGCAGCGAGGAAGCGAGCAAAAGAACGAGCCGGCGACACCACGGCCGAGGACGAUGCAGAAGAGGAGUGGUUCAAGUCUCAUCCCACGGAAGCUGAUACUGUCCUUGAUGGCGGAUUUCGCAUACCUGGAGAUAUCUAUCCAGCACUGUUCCCCUACCAGAAGACAGGUGUGCAGUGGCUAUGGGAGCUGUUUCAACAAAAUGUCGGAGGCAUCAUCGGUGAUGAGAUGGGAUUGGGUAAAACCAUUCAAGCUAUCUCAUUCGUCGCAGGUCUCCAUUACUCCAAGCGACUCACCAAGCCUGUGAUCGUGGUAUGUCCAGCGACGGUCAUGAAGCAGUGGGUCAGCGAGUUCCAUCGCUGGUGGCCGGCUCUGCGCGUUUCCAUCUUACACACAUCAGGCAGUGGCAUGCUGAACACUCAGCGAGAAGACCGCUAUGAACGAGAGAUGGAGUUGCGCAGCUAUGGCGAUUAUGACACUACCUUGACUGGAGCUGGCAAGGCAGCAAACAAGAUCAUCAAGAAGGCUAAGCGCGAUGGCCACGUUCUCGUUACGACCUACUCCGGACUCCAGACCUACUCGGAGUUUCUGACAGCAACGGAGUGGGAAUGCGCUAUCCUUGAUGAAGGGCAUAAGAUCCGUAACCCCAACACUGCCAUUACAAUCCACUGCAAAGAGCUGCGGACGCCCAAUCGCAUCAUCUUGUCAGGUACACCAAUGCAAAACAACCUCAGUGAACUCUGGUCUCUGUUCGACUUCGUGUUUCCCAUGCGACUAGGCACUCUGAUCAACUUUCGAAAUCAGUUCGAGUUUCCGAUCAAGCGUGGUGGGUACGCAAACGCCUCAAACCUCGAAUUCGAAACCGCAAUUCAAUGCGCAGAGACUCUCAAGGAUGCAAUCAGUCCAUAUCUGCUUCAGCGAUUCAAGGUUGACGUAGCAACCGAUCUACCGCAGAAGAAGGAACAGGUGCUGUUCUGUAAGCUGACGCGUCAGCAGCGUCAAGCGUACGAAGGCUUCCUACAAUCUGAGGAUAUGAAGUCCAUUGCAUCAGGGAAGCGCCAGAUGCUCUAUGGUGUUGACUAUCUUCGAAAAAUUUGCAAUCAUCCGGACCUGACUGAGCACAAGACCCUGUCACGGCAGCCUGGCUAUGACUACGGUGCACCAAAUAAGUCUGGAAAGAUGCAAGUGGUCAAGGAGUUGCUCUCGCUUUGGAGGAAGGGUGGUCAUAAGACACUGCUCUUUGCUCAACAUCGUAUCAUGCUUGAUAUUCUUCAGAAGUUCCUCGACCAUCUGCCUGACAUCAACUACCGCCGUAUGGACGGCGAGACACCUAUCAAAGACCGACAAGACCUUGUCGACGAGUUCAACAAAAGUCCAGAUCUGCACGUAUUUUUGCUCACGACAAAGGUCGGUGGACUUGGUGUCAAUCUGACAGGUGCGAAUCGUGUUAUCAUCUACGAUCCCGACUGGAACCCAUCCACCGAUAUCCAAGCACGGGAACGUUCAUGGCGCCUCGGUCAGAAGCGGGAGGUUGAGAUAUACCGUCUCAUGUCUGCAGGUACUAUCGAGGAGAAGAUAUACCAUCGUCAAAUCUUCAAGCAAUUCUUGACGAACAAGGUGCUCAAAGACCCAAAGCAGCGUCAAACAUUCCAGAUGAGCGACCUACACGACCUCUUCACCUUAGGUGGCGAGACCGCAGACGGCGAAACAGAAACAGGCAACCUCUUCCGCGGCUCCGAAGUCAAGUUCGACGAGGACGGCAGCUCAGCAGCUCCAGACGCCACCGCCGUCGAAGACCUCGCAGCAGUAAAAGGUAUCGACCGCGCCGAAGCCUUCCAAACACCCGUCCCCGACACCGAAGACGCUGCUCACAACGCAGCCGAGGGCGCCGAAGCAGACAAGCCCGCCUCAGACGGCCGUCUCAUGAGCACCAUCUUCGCAAAGACGGGCGUCCACUCCGUCCUCGAGCACGAUGCUAUCGUGAACUCGACUGCCGGCGGCCGCAAACGCAAGAUUCAAGCUGACCCAGCAUUCAUUCAGCGCGAGGCUAAGCGGCAGGCUGCGCUUGCUGCAGAGCAGCUCAAGAAGAGCAUGGACGAAGCGAGGGCAGUGCCAGCCGGAGUGCCGACCUGGACAGGCACGUAUGGUGAAGCCGGACGCCCCGGCGAACCCUCACCUCGCACUUUCACCUCCACACGCGGCGCGCGCGGCGGCCGGGGAGGUAGCAGUCUAAGCCGCGGUCAACCAUCCUCAUCCUCCAUCCUCUCGAACCUCGCAGCGCGCCAAGGUCGUCCCAUAUCCACAUCCACAGCACCCUUGACCUCCGCCUCCUCGUCCCGCGCGUCGACGCCAUCAGCGACCACGCCAAGUUCGUUUCGCGGCCGCCGCAUGCUCGAGAUGAUCCGCGACUUCAUGAUGACGCAUGGCGGCGUUGUGCCAAGCCAGAUGCUGGUCGACCAUUUCGACCACUAUGUGCGGGCGCAGCCGGGCAGGAACGAGGAGUUCAAAGAGAUGCUGAAGACGGUUGCGAGGCUGGAGAGGAGUGGGAGUGCGCAGAGGGGGAGGUGGGUGCUGAAGGAUGAGUGGAGGACUAGGGGGACUGCUGGUAGAGGUGGAGGCUAGACGAUACACGCUAGACGGUACACGUCCUCCCAUCUGAGAGUAUGAGAGCAUGUGGGUAGGGAUGUGGCGUUGGAGUUGGGGUUGGAGUUAGCGGGAGAUACCAGGCAUUCUUGCCAAGUGCUGGCAUGCAUUUCACGCACAGUGUUGAAUUUCACGCACAGUGUUGAUAGAUAAUGAUAAACAAACAAACACCAACGUCACAAUCAGACAGUCCGUAAGACGAUGUGCAUUGUCAACUGCUCAGAUUCAUCGUAGCACGGCCUCGUACGUCCUAGUCCAACAUCAAGAAUAUUACACCCUGU